AUGCCAGGAAAGAGGAAAACAUCUAAUGUUUGGGAACACUUUGUUUUGAGGCCCGAUGGAUUUGCGGUGUGCAAUCACUGCAAACUUGAAAUGAGCUACUGCAACAAUACAGGAAGUCUUCUGAAGCAUUUGAGGACAAAACAUAUUUUCAUUGGACUUGAUCAAAUGAGUGGAAGUGGUACCUCGAUUAUGCCUGCACCAAAGCAACCGAAAUUAGCCUCUUAUUUUCAAACCCCGGUCACACCUGCAAAAUCAAAGAAAAUCACAGAACUGAUUUUAAAUACCAUAGUCGGUGAUUUGAGGCCGAUUGGCUUAGUAGAAGGGGAGAACUUCAAAAAACUAAUAAAAGAAUUAGCACCCGGGUAUGAGAUGCCAAGUCGUCGAACUCUGACAAGAAAUAUUGAAGAAAAGUUUUUAAAUUGCAAGAAGGAAAUAAGGAAAGUUCUGAAUCGAUUACGAGAUGUCGCCUCAACAAAUUGUACCAUUGUUACUGACAAUGGUGCAAAUGUUGUCAAUGCUUGUCGUAAACUGAAAGAAAAAUAUGGUUGGAUACACAUACGAUGUGCAGCACAUACACUACAGUUGUGUUUAAAGCAGGCAUUUGAUAUUCCACAGAUUAAAUCUGCUAUUGGUGCUGCUAGACACCUUGUUGCAUUUUUUCGACAGUCAUCAAAAGCCAGCCAAGCAUUAAAAGCUGCUCAAGAAAAAGAACAUCAGCUGGAGCUUAUACUUGAUGUUUCCACAAGAUGGAACUCCACAUACAGUAUGUUGGAGAGACUUUGUCGCCUGCAAGCAUAUGUUCGCCAAGUCCUUUGCAAUGGGCUCAUUGUAAAAGCAACAUCGUCAGCUCAUUUGGAGUUAAAAGACAACCACUGGGCACUGAUUCAAACCCUAGUUGAAAAACUUAAACCAAUUACGAUAAGUCGUAUGUGCGACUGGGAGAAAAAUAACUUGUACUGGGCCACAUAAUUUGUUAAUAACAACCUAAUAUUCAUUAACAGAUUGCAACAGAUUACCUGGAAGGUGAAAAAUAUGUGUCAAUAAGUGGUGUAAUACCAUUGGUCAAAGGAUUGUCACAAAAGUACAUGCCAUGUGAAGAAGAUUCAAGAAGUUUAGCUUUAUUUAAGAACAAAAUUCUAACUCAAUUGCAUGAGAGAUUUGGGUUCGUUUUCAACCAGAACUCGUGUUAUAUUCACAUGAGCAUCGCAACAUGGCUGGAUCCAAGAUACAAAACGAGCUAUUUCAAAAAAGUGGAUGGUAUUCAAGUAAGUUUCACUGCAUUGCAACUUUUGCCUUUUGCAGCCUUAUUUUUUUUACACACAAUUCUUAUAGAUUUCUUUCUUUCUCAUAGAUUAGAGGCAGUAUAGAAUCAGAAAUGAUUGCAAUAAAACAACGACAGACAAAUGCAAACAGCAAGGAUAUCGAUAACUGUUUUGAAAAACAAUUUGAUUUUGCCAAAAAGCCGGAAUCACUAGAUGAACUAUUGGGCUGUGGCAUUGAAAGCCACGACAGCAGCAAAGAAAUAGACGAGGGCAAUGACGAUGAAGUUGCCAGCGUUUCGGAAGAAACGGCCUCGUAUUUAAAAACCAAAAUUCAGACUAUCAACCUAAAUACUUUGGAAUGGUGGAAAAGUAACACAGCUACACCUGUUUUGAAAGAACUGGCAGUAAAGUAUUCAUGCAUGCCAGCGACAUCAGCAUCCUCGGAACGGAACGGGAUCCUUUUCUAGUGCAGGAUUGACUGCUAGUAAAUUACGAUCACGGCUAACCGGCAAACAUGUGGAGAUGUUAAAUGUGUUACACUGCAACAAAAAAUUUUGCAUGUGAAGUGCACAAUUUUAUUUUUUGCA